CAAACUGGUGACGUCUGGUUCAGGCAACCCAAUUUUUCCGGUCCUGGCUCAUGCGUCGCGGUUCAAAUCACGCUUUCACCCCGUGGUGUGCACGUAGACCGAUCUACAUCCUGCAGUCUUACUGACAUCGCCUAGCUGUUCUUUCGCUGCUCAGAAAUUUGGGAGCACCCAAACCGCCGCAACAAUGCCGAUGUUCACAGUGAACACAAACGUGAGCAAGGAUGCGGUUCCUGCGGCUCUUUUGUCCGAGGCCACUGAAGAAUUAGCCAAGGCGAUGGGAAAGCCCGCACAGUACAUCGCGGUGCACAUCAAUGCUGAUCAGAUGAUGAUGUUCGGCGGGAAGGCGGAUCCCUGCGCCCUCUGCUCACUGCAUAGCAUCGGAAAGAUCAGCGGAUCCCAGAACAAGCAGUACUCCAAGCUGCUCUGCGGCCUCCUGAACAAGCACCUGGGGGUCUCGCCGGACAGGAUCUAUAUCAACUUCUAUGACAUGGAAGCGCAGAAUGUCGCCUGGAACAACUCCACCUUUGGCUGAAGGACUCCGUAGCCCUUUCCUCUCUGGCCUGCAGACACAGAAGUCACCCUUCCCUAAAGCUAAGCUGAAAGGAGAAUAGUGAAUGUUAGAGCAGCCAUGUUCAGUUUUGUAGGUUUUAGUUGUUGUAAAUGCACUCUGUCCCUUUGCUUAGGCACAAAAGAGACAAUAAAAUACAGACCC